CGCUUAUUAGUGGGCCCAUCAUCCACUCCGGCCCACGACGACCAACACCAAACAAACCCUAGCUCACCGGCGUCGGCGGCGGCGGAAGGCGGUCGCCGGCACGCCACAGCAAAGGCAAACCCGCAGCAGCACGAACAAACAGGCGAGCGAUGGGAGGAGGCGAGGCCACCAGCGGAGGAGGAGGAGGGUUCCGCGCGCGGGUGGAGCACUACCUGUACAGCGGCGAGAAGAAGCACGUCGUCGCCGGCAUCGCCAUCUUCGCCGCCAUCUUCGGCGUCCCCUGGUACCUCAUGACCCGAGGGGCAAAGCAUCAGUCGCACCAAGAUUACAUGGAAAGAGCUAACAAGGCGAGGUCGGAGAGGCUUUCUUCUGGACAGGCAUCUUCGCCAAAAGAGUGAAACAGUAAUCCCCUAACUCAGAUUUGCAAAACCUCAGGCCGACACAGCUAUGAUAAUCUGAGAAUUCGAUCCUGUUGUGAAAUAAGCAGACCAUCUCGAUUCUCAUCUUUCAGUUGUAGGAAACAUGGGUUGAAUGUAAUACGUCACAUGAAAUUUUGUCAAAUGCAGCUAGCUCUCUUUACAUUCCGCACUAUUCUACAAGGAGAUGAUUGACAAAGACAAACACCUGAUUUAUUUGUCUCAAAUGACGAUUCUAGAGCCAAUUACCUUGACUUGAGAUA